CAAAGGUCGGACGAGACUGUGGGUUAGGUUGGGUUACGUCAAAGCGAUCCGUCGAUCUCGCGACGUGUUGCGUUUCCGACGAAUUACGUAAACCGGCGACACCGCGUGGCAUCUUCUGCCUUUUUUUUUUCCUCAUCUCGCGUCCGGCUGCCAUGCGGCCGAGACGUCGUUCCGCCUCCUCGAAGCCGGUCCACGCGGUCACGCUGCCGAUUUCGUUAAUUGCGCAUAGGGCAUCGUCACGGUAGAAACAUGGGCGGCAAGUGGUCCAGCAUGGAUCCCUCGCAGGUCGAGGUACCGGAGAUAAAGGCCCUCCUCGAGAGGGAUCCGUACCUCAAGCCGUACGAGAAUGACAUUCGACGAAGGUACGCCCUGUUUCUGGAUUACGUCGAGAAGAUAGAAGAGGGAGACGGAGACCUGCGGCGAUUCACCACCGCGUACGAGAGCUUCGGCAUUCAUAUCCGGGAUGACAACAGUGUCGUCGCGAAGGAAUGGGCACCUGGCGCGCAGGAGGUAUUUCUCACCGGAGAGUUCAACAAUUGGCAGAAAACCGCCGCGCCGUACAAGAAGCUGGAAUACGGCAAGUGGGAGCUGCAUCUACCACCGAACGCAGACGGCAGUUGCCCUCUGAAGCACAAUUCCGAGGUGAAGCUCAUUAUCAAGAAUCACAGCAACGAGCUGCUCGAAAGAUUGAGCCCCUGGGCGACUUACGUGACUCAGAAGGCGGACAAAUCUGAAGGGACUACCUACAAACAGCGCAUAUGGCAUCCAGAAAAUACGUACAAGUUCAAACACCCGAAACCGAAGAAACCGGCGAGUUUCCGGAUCUACGAGUGUCACGUUGGAAUUGGCACGCAGGAGUUUCGCGUUGGCACCUACUUGGAAUUCGCCAGGGAUGUGAUACCGCGGAUCGUGAAGCAAGGGUACAACGCGAUACAACUGAUGGCGGUCAUGGAGCACGCUUACUACGCCAGUUUUGGAUAUCAGGUGACUUCCUUCUACGCGGCCUCGUCACGCUACGGAAAUCCAGAAGAGCUGAAAGAGCUGGUAGACAUCGCACACCAGCACGGUCUCUACGUUCUGCUGGACGUGGUACAUUCGCAUGCUUCCAAGAACACUCUGGACGGGCUGAAUAUGUUCGAUGGAACAGACGCGUGUUUCUUCCACAGCGGUUCUCGCGGCGAGCACUCGCUGUGGGACAGCAGGCUGUUUAAUUACGCGGAAUACGAGGUACUUCGGUUCCUGUUGUCCAAUCUACGUUGGUACAUCGAAGAAUAUGGUUUCGAUGGGUUCAGAUUUGAUGGCGUCACAUCGAUGUUGUAUCACUCGAGAGGCUUGGGACAAGGUUUCAGUGGUCACUAUGAUGAAUAUUACGGUUUGAAUGUCGAUGUGGAGGGCAUAGUGUAUUUGAUGCUCGCUAAUCAUAUGCUGCAUGAAAUAUAUCCCGAAAUCAUCACAAUCGCCGAAGAUGUUAGCGGAAUGCCAGGCGUUUGCAGACCCGUGGCCGAAGGUGGCGUAGGAUUCGACUACCGAUUAGCCAUGGCCAUUCCCGACAAGUGGAUCAAGUUGUUAAAAGAAGUUAAGGACGACGAUUGGAAGAUUGGCGAAAUCGUCUGGACGCUCUCCAAUCGAAGAUGGAUGGAGAAGGCGGUCGCUUACUCCGAAUCUCACGAUCAGGCCCUCGUGGGCGACAAGACCAUUGCAUUCUGGCUCAUGGACAAGGAGAUGUAUACGCACAUGAGCACGCUGAGUUCACCCAGCGAUAUCAUCUCUCGUGGCAUUGCCCUCCACAAUCUAAUCACGCUGAUCACGCAUGCUCUGGGCGGCGAGGCUUAUCUAAACUUCAUGGGCAAUGAGUUCGGCCAUCCCGAAUGGCUGGACUUUCCGAGAGUCGGAAACGCAGAUAGCUACCAUUACGCCAGACGUCAGUGGAGUUUGGUGGACGACGAAAUGUUGAAGUAUAAAUAUAUGUACAAUUGGGAUCGCGCUGUGAAUACGGUCGAAGAGAAAUACGGAUGGUUGCAUGCUCAUCCUGGCUAUGUGAGCUGGAAACACGAAGACGACAAGGUGAUCGUGUUCGAUCGUGCUGAUCUCGUCUUCGUCUUUAACUUUCAUCCAGUCAAGUCGUUCGCCGAUUAUCCGGUCGGUGUAAAAAAUCCGGGAACGUACAAGAUCGUUUUGUGUAGCGACGACGAACAAUUCGGAGGUGAACGUCGCGUAGACACGAGCGUGCAGCAUUUCACGCAGCCAGAACCGUUUUCUGCGUAUCAACAUAAAAUGAUGAUCUACAUUCCGCGCCGUACAGCUUUGGUUUACGCACAAACUGAUCGUUAGACUGCUGUCUCGUGACUGAAGACUAUUCGAAAAUUGCAUAAUGAUAGAUAUAUUUAGUAUAUAUAAUAAUACAGAUAGACUGCAGAGAAGUCAUAUAUUUUUUAAAAAUAUAAUUCGAUAAAACGUCUACAUGUAGAUUUAGGCAACUUGCGAAAGAGAUAUAUCGUGGUAAAGAAACUUGUGAGUAUAACUGUAAUCUUUAGAUUUUUAUUACAAAACAGUAACAUACCGUAAAUGCUGGUGCAUUUAGCUUGUUUUCUCAGACACUAUCAUUUUUACUCAGUCACCGAAUUAAUAUAUUUUGGAUAUAUAAACUUUGUUAAAAUA